UAGCCUAUUCCGCUAUUGUUUCAAGUUGUUUCCGCGUUUUUAUUACACUAAACUUAUCACUUUCCUUUUUCCUUUGUUUUCAUCGAGAUUUUUGUGUACAUUUAUUUUAGUGCUUUUUUUUUGAUGAGUCAUUAACCAAAGUAGUAUUUACAGCUGUGAUUUCAAUAAAUUUAAUCACAAGUAGUGUUACUCAGGUAGCAUACGUUUUAAUCGGGACUUUUUAACCGUUUUUAUUGUUCAAAAUUUGGUUUAGACGUUUAUUUCGGUCAAGAAUGGAUUCAGACAGCGAAGACGAUAUGUUGUAUUAUUCCCACCAAAAAUUAUCAAGUUUGAUAAGACAAAAAGGGAAUAAAAAUGCAGCAAUUAAGGAAUAUUUAGAAAAUUUAAAUUAUCAGCCCAUCAAGGAUUUUACACCAGGACUUGAAUGGUUCAAUGUUUCCGAACCUUUGUCUUUUUCGAAGCAUUUGAAGGGUAAAAUUGUCGUUUUGGAUUUCUUUACGUAUUGCUGUAUUAACUGUAUGCAUAUCAUCCCCGACUUGCGCGAAAUAGAAAAGGAAUUUACUGUAGAAGAUGGCCUUGUUGUGAUAGGUGUCCACAGCGCAAAGUUUGAAAAUGAGAAAGUGUCCUCGAAUAUCCUUGCGGCUGUGCAACGUUACAACAUCACCCAUCCUGUCGUCAACGAUUUGAAUUCCCAAAUGUGGAAAAAUUGCGAGGUCAAUUGCUGGCCGACUUUACUGAUUUUGGGACCAAAUGCCAACCCCAUUGUUAUGCUAAUGGGAGAAGGACACAAAGAAAACUUACAAACAUAUAUCAGAGCUUCUUUAGAAUACUAUAAGGAGAAAAAUCAAAUUUCUAAUCAUCAGAUUCCAUUCAAAUCAGCUUAUCAUUUACUCCCUGAUUUAAAAGGCCCCUUGUUAUUUCCUGGCAAAAUAACGAAUUUCGUUACAGAGGGCCAACAAGAAAUUUUAGCCAUAUCAGAUACCGGCAACAAUCGCAUUCUUAUUUUAAAAUCAGACGGGACCAUUUUACAUCAAGUUGGUAGCGGGAAAAUUGGUUUUCGCGAUGGAACUUUUACACAAAGUGAAUUUAACGCCCCUCAAGGUCUAGCUUUCCAAAAUGAAAAUAUUCUCUUUGUUGCUGACACAGAAAAUCACGCAAUUCGGAAAAUCAAUUUAAAAAAUAAAACAGUUGAGACUGUUGUUGGGUCAGGUGUACAAGGUCAUGACAGAGCUGGAGGGAAACAAUGGACGCAACAAUUUAUAUCAUCACCUUGGGAUUUGUGUAUUUAUAGAACGCCAGACAUGGAUAUGAGUUUUUACCCAGAUGGGAAUCCCCCACUUAGAGAAAUUUUAAUUAUUGCAAUGGCAGGGACUCAUCAGAUUUGGGCCUUGUUUCUUGAAGACACAGUUUGGUGGAAAUGUAAAAAGUAUCCUGCUGGGACUUGUCUAAGCAUUGCUGGGUCUGGGAAAGAAGAAAAUAAAAAUAAUGCUUAUCCACACGCUGCUGGGUUUGCACAGCCCUCUGGUUUAGCUUUGUGUAACAAAAACAAGGAACUUUAUAUUGCUGAUAGUGAGAGUUCAAGUGUGAGACGCUUGUCAUUGGUGGAUGGAAAAGUCAUGCCCGUGGUUGGAGGAGACAGAAACCCAAAUAAUUUAUUCGCGUUUGGGGACAAAGACGGAACCUUGUUUGAAGCAAAGUUUCAACACCUUCUAGGUCUCGCGAUGUCAAAAGACGAAGAUUUGCUUUUCGUGGCCGAUACUUACAACCACAAGUUGAAAAAAGUGAAAAUUGAGGAAAACUCCGUGUCUACGGUCACACUUCCGGCUUCAGACGCCACAGAUGGCGGCAAAAGUCAAUCAUUUAGCGAGCCUGCAGGUUUGUGUGUCUCUUCAGAUGGAAGAAAAAUAUACCUAGCGGACACUAACAACCACUGUGUUAAAAUCUUAACUCUCGGUUCCGAUUAUUCCGUCAAGUCCAUAAAUAAAUUAAAUUUAAAUUUGGCGGAAAAGACAUCGAGUGACGUAGAAAUUAAACACCAAAUACUGGAUUAUCCAAGUAUCACAAUUAAUAAUCAAGGUGGAAAAAUAAUAUUUUCAUUAAACAUCGAAUUUACCAACGGUUUAAAAUUGACAGAAGAAGCACCACAAAAAUGGUCAGUUAAGCUUCCGGAUGUUACAUGGUCUUGCGUCCCUAGUAGUGGCGAUAAAUUGAAAAAUAUUGAUGUGGUGGUUAGUGUCCCCAAUCAAGGCCAAAUUGAUUUUAUUUUUGAUUUGGUAACUUGUACUGUUGAAACAUGUUUACCCAAAAGUUUUAUUGUCCGAGUGCCUAUUAACUUGAAAAGUAAUGUUUCGACUAGUGUAAAUGCAAAUAUUAACGUGGUUCUAGAUCCGAAUAAUAUUCAAGUAAAUUAAUUGUUUUUUGACACGAAUGAAGAGCUUUGUUGUAGAUUUUAUUAAGUACUAUGGCAAAUUAUUUUAUUUAUUCCUUGAAAUAAACGUGACUUUAUUAACAUAAUAAACUUUUCUUUUAAUUAUU